CGGUGUGGCGGGGCAGGGCGGGGCGGGGCACCUCAGGCCCCGGCUGCAGCGCCUAGGCGGGCCCGGCGGGCCGGCUGCGUCCUGGCUGCGCACCACGGCCCGCCGCCACCUCUUUGAGGACUCUGUCGGAGCUCGUGUUUUCCGGACGCGACCCGAUCCGAGGCGCCGCGACGCCGAUGGGGCGUCGUUGUCUCGCCAGUCCGGCAUUUGGCAGCGUGGAAAGAGCCGAUGCGAACCUCGGGCAGGGAACUCCACGUCCGUCGGGAUGAUGUUUUCAAGAUGGGAAAUGCUGGGAGUAAUGCAAGGGAGCGGCACAAGCCAGGUGAGAUGCAUGCUCCGUCAUCACCAGGGAAAGAUGGAGGGCAAGCAUUUACAUUUGACAAGAAGCCUAACAGCAGAUUAGUGUACUUAUCAUCCACCGAAGAAGAGGAACAACCAUAUUAUACCAAACCAACUUCCAACUCCUCUUCAAUGCAACACUCUAAGGAUCACUCAGCUGAUGGAGAGUUUUCUAUGCAACCAUCUAGACCUCGCUCUAAUACGAUUUCUGAAGGAAGCAAGAUUGAGGAACCACCUGGAGAAAAGGUUUUGCCAACUGUUUUUAAGUGGGAUGGUGGUGGAAAGCAAGUUUACAUAAGUGGAACUUUUACAGAGUGGAAAGUGAUCCCAAUGGUCAAGAGUCAUGGUGAUUUUGUUACUAUAAUUGACCUCCCAGAGGGGGAACAUCAGUACAAAUUCAUGGUUGAUGGAGAAUGGAAACAUGAUCCUUCUGUGAAAAUAAUACACAACGAUGUGGGCACCAAAAACAACAUGGUGUCAGUGAAGAGGUCAGAUUUUGAAGUGUUCCAAGCCCUUGCCAAAGACAGUGAGAGUGUCAGUCAAACUAUACAAAGUAAGGAUAUUGUUUUUGAGAGUAGUGAUCUUUACAUUCUUGUUCUUAGUUCAAUUUUAAUUCAAAUUUUUCUUGCAGGUGAUUAUUGUCAAGAAAUCCCACAAAACAAACCCUGGGAGAAAGUUCCUGGGCCUCCUAUUCUCCCUCCGCAUCUCCUACAAGUCAUUUUAAAUAAAGACACUCCUUUAUCGUGCGAACCGACACUACUCCCUGAGCCCAACCAUGUCAUGUUAAACCAUUUGUAUGCACUUUCAAUCAAAGAUGGUGUUAUGGUUUUAUCUGCUACUCAUAGGUACCGGAAGAAGUAUGUCACAACUCUUCUUUAUAAACCUAUAUGAAUGAUCAGUUUGUAACAUGUACAGGGUGAGUGAUUUGCGUUUCGCCAUCAAUUUUUCUGGGUAUACUGUUCGCAUGUAGGCGUGCGGGUGGACUUGCGUCUCGUUUCCAAGCAAACUGCGCCGAGCGAACAAGCAACCAGUUCGCACGCUGGCAUGCGGUACAGCAUACUCAGAAAGGAAAAAAAAGACGGUGGAAAUCACCCAUCCUGCAAAGACCGUUAAACAUUCUGUUAGAAGAAUACCCUUUGUGUAUAAUUUGGCAAACUGUAAUGAAUGACCUAUUCUUGAAUAUGAGUUUUCAAUCUGUGUCAAGCUGUUUUCAUACAUCGCAGUGAAAGGACAAAAAAAAAACCCCAAAAAAAACAACUCACCUUUCACUGCCAGCAAAUUUGUCAAUGCUUUCCUUUUACUGUUUUGGUCAUUUUCAGUAUGAUUCCAUCCUUUUUUUAAGUGGAGAAUUUUCCCAUGAAGUAAUGUCAAGCAGGUGAGCAGACAGUCUCAAUAGCAAUUGAUUUAUUUUUUUGAUCUAAAAAUGUAUCUUGUAUGUAUAGAGAAAAAAUAAUAUUUCGCGGUCCAAAAUAUACUCACAUUAAUAAUGUGACCUGUAUCACAUGUGGUACAGCUGUUAUAGGUAAACCAGUUUGGAAUCUUAAGCAGGAGUUGACUUUAAAUAUUGGGGCUUACUUAUUUCAUAGAAAAUUGCUGUAAUUUGUUGUAAAGUUGCUAUUUAUUAAGUAGAUUUAUGUAAAUGCUGUUUUUUAAACUGUUUUUUUCUUUUUUUGUGGGGUGUUUGAGGAAUGUGAGUAUCUCAAUAGUCUUUUCAAUUCUUUCUUCUUUAUCUAUCUAUUUUUGUUAUGGCAUUUUGAGUUCUGAAAGUUUUAUUUCAAGAUGAAGGUUUGAGAAAGGAAGCUUGAAGGGUCCCUGCAAUUUCUCCAGGCUCUGGGAUGAGGUAAGAUCUGAUGAAUGAAUGUUUGAUUACGUACUUUUUUUUCUUUGUUAACUUAACUCUUAAGAUACCUUGUUUCUCUAUUUCUUGUCUUUUUUUACCUGAACCAAUGGGGUCUUUCCUAGAUUACAUUUGAUUGUAUGUUAAAAAUGGCAUUGAAAUAAAUUUUGGUCCCAGCGAGAAACAAAGGUUCUGAAGAUUGUAAUUUUGGGAGUACACCAGUAUUUUAUUUAUACAUAUAACUAAUGUCUUUGCCUGGGACCAUGUUUUAAAAAAAUACAACACUCUUUACUGGGUCAAAAUUAAGUGGAAGUUGCAUGAGCUUCAUUAUGCCGUCAGUUUUCUAAGGUUUGGCAAAGAGUGAUUUGAGAUCUGGUACGGCUGCCUCCUGAUCCUAAAAAUUGGUACUAUUGGUAUUGUUAUACAAGAAGUCUGUGCAGUUUUCUCAGGGUUUUGUUUUUCUUAAUAUGUUUGUCACAUGGGAGAAAGGACAUGAUGACACAUCAGUCAUUGAUUCUUUGUCAUCAAAUUUUAUUUCAUACCUGUACUUAGACCAUGUAGUCAGCAAGUGCCAUUGACUCUGCAUUAUAUAUUAAGUGGUCAAUAUAAAGAAAGUAGACUUAAGUUUAGUCGAACUACCGGUAUUGUCAUUUUGUUCUUGCCCAUGUACCAUUUUGCACUUGUCCCUUCAUUUUUACUGUGCUGCUCUGCUGCAUGAAUUCACUUUUUCCAUAAUUGUGCAGUAAAAAUGUUAUGUAUGUGAUAUGUAUGUCAUAGAAUUGUUAAAAUUCUAAUAAAACUAUGUGGUGGGGCAUUGUUACAAUAUAAAA